AUGAACUGGUUUCCUUCCUCCUUCAAAGAGACACAGGACCAAGGUGCUCAGUCUCAACCCUGUCCUCCGCAAACAACUAGCUGGAGGGUAGGAGGAGGAUCGGCUUCAGUCCAUGCCGUACUCCAGGCUUUGAACGAUGGGAACGGACAAGUGGACGUCUGGGGUCAGGGGUUGAGCGAUGAGGAGAUCGCGACGUUACUGGAAGAGGUGAGAAGGAGAGACGACGUGAAGGUCUUGGAGCUGGGGAGGAACAAGGUCGGCCCAAAGUCCAUCAUCGCUCUUCAAGGACUCGUCGCCUCCUCCCAGUCGUUGACCAGCUUGCGCUUGAGCGGCUGUCUCCUCGGCGACGGGGGAGUGCAUCGGGUGUCACAUGCGUUGGAGGAGGGCGGCUGCUUACGGGAGCUGUUCCUGGACUGCAACAGGGCGACGGACGAGAGCGCGCAUGCUUUAGAGCGAAUCCUCCUCUCCUGCUCCAUGCUGACGUCGAUGAACGUGGCGAAUAACCUCCUGACGUCGAGUGGGAUAGCACACGUCGUGAAGGCGCUGAGAGAGAGCAAGAGGAGCGUCACUGCUCUGAACCUGAGGAGAAACUCCAUCUGUGACAAGGGGGUGCACGCGAUUAGCCAGCUGUUGAAGGUGAAGGGCUGCCCCCUGACUUGUCUCGACAUGGCUGAGAACCAGGUGUGCGACAAGGGAGCUCUGUUCCUCGGGAAGAGCUUGAGCGUCAACGAGUCGCUGCAGGAGCUGUUUCUGCACGGCAACCACCUUGAAAUAGAGGGUGUCCGAGCCAUGGGGCAGUACGUCGGCAACAACUCCACCCUCCUCCGUGUCACCCUGACGUCGGCCGAGGACACGGUCGAUGUGCAGGUGGGAGACAGCUUCCUUGCUCUUGCCGUCCUGACGGGGGCUGAUGAGAGCAGCACUUCCGCCUGUCCCCGUCGAUCACGCUGGACUAUCAGCAUGUCAUGA